CACUGACUGGCACUGUUAGGCGGCACUGACUGGCACUGUUAGGCGGCACUGAUGCACACUGAUAGGCGAGACUGACUGGCACUGAUAGGUGGCACUGAUUGGCAGCACUGAUAGGUGGCACUGAAAGGCAGCUCCGAUGGGCACUGAAAUGUGGCACUGAUGGGCACUGGCAGGUGGCAUGGAUGAGCACUGACACAUGGCACUGAUGGAUACUGACAGGUGGCACUGCUGGGACUACACUGAUCAUCAGGGCACACUGAUCAGCAGGGCUCUGAUGAUCAGUGUAGAUGUCCCCUCUGAGGAAUGCCGUUGUCCGGCUCUCCUCUCGAACUGUCAGCGUGACAGCUCAGGGGACAUGUACACUGAUCAUCAGGGCACUGAUCAUCAGCGUGCCUUGAUGAUUUGUGUAGCCCCAGCAGCGCCACCUGUCAGUGCUCAUCAAUGUCACCUGCCAGUGCCCAUCAGUGCCACAUCAAUGCUACAUAUCAGUGCCUACCAGUGCACAUCAAUACCACUUAUCAGUACCCAUCUGAGCUGCCUUUCAGUGCCAGUCAGGGCCGCCUAUCAGUGUGCAUCAGUGCUGCCUAACAGUGCCAUAUAUGAGUGAUG